GUUUCGGACAUAAAGUUCGGACAUUCGCAAUAAUGCUGCAACUACUUCAAGGAUUUGUAGUGUGUGUUUCUGGACUAUCAGAGCCUGACAGAAAUAUUGUAGAGCAAAGAGUCAUUGAACUAGGAGGAAAGUUUACCGGCAGUUUUACCACACAUGUCACUCAUCUUAUAUCCAGCUCAACUUCAACUGAUAAAUACAAAGUGGCUUUAGAACUUGGAGUGCCGAUCAUUUCCCCACAAUGGGUAUCGUGUUUAGAAUCAAAUAAUGAUAUUGAACCAUUUAAUAAUUACCUGUUGCCUCCGUUUAAAGGAAUCCUUGUGUGUGUGAGUGGCUUUCCAACAGAAGUCCGUCAAGAGAUUGAGCAGCGUGUCAUGGAACUUGGUGGUGCGUUUACAUUGGUGUUGUCAAAAGACUGCACUCAUUUGAUUUGCCUUUCUCCUUCAGGCCGAAAGUAUGAGUUUGCAAAAGAAUGGAAAUUGGAUGUUGUUUCUAUAGAUUGGUUGAAUGAAUGCUGUAAACAACGAGGUCGUGUUAGCGAAGCAAAUUUCCGCAUUUCUUCUGUAGAUAGUCUAGAUGAUCAAACAGCUGUAUCUACUGACGUCCGCACAUAUCUAGAACGAUGUAAAAUUUUUCUUGGUGAAGGCUUUGAUUCUGAAGUAUUGGAUUUUGCUCGCAAGAUUGUUCGUGAAGGCGGUGGCAGCAUGGCUCGAACCUGUGAUGGAUUCGUAUCGCAUUAUUUACUUUCAGGUGUCUGUCCAACCCCAAUAAAUCGUCACAAGCCACUUACUAGUCUUCCAAGCAAAUCUAAAGCUCAACUUGUUACAGAGUAUUGGUUUGAAGCCUCGAUUGAACUGAAUCAGUUGCUUUCUCCUCACUCGAAUGUUCUCUAUCAACCCAGCAUGAGAAAAUUUCCAUUGCGAGGAUCAACAUUUUGUGAAAAGUUUUCCAAAUCGUGCCAUAUUCUUGUUUGCCAUCCUUCAUUAGGAAUUGAUUCUGCCAAGUAUAUCAAGGCCAAAGAAUGGAAAGUAAAGGUUGUGGAUGGAAGUUGGAUUCUUUCCUGUAUAGCUGAGGGAAAGUACAUGGACUGCGAUCAGUUUGUUAUUCCACGAGAUCAAACUCAACAAUGCCGCCAGAAUCGCGAUCUGCGUGUAUUGGAUUUGGAGGCUGAUAGGUUCCUUACCACUGUAGCCUGUCAAAAUAUUGAUAGUGACAAAACGAGAGAUCAAUUGUCAGAUGCGUUCAAAGAUGCUUUAGACUGUUCGCGGCAAAAAACAAAUGAUUUGCCGCAAAGUGUAGACAAGGCAUAUAGAACCAGUCAAUCUCCCUAUUCUGACGAAAAGAAAUCGUCCGUUCAAUUAGUCAAGUCCACACAUGAUACGCCAAGGUCACGCUCAGACGACUAUGCAAUUUUUGCAAAAAAGCCAAAAUCCAGCUCAAAGAGGGCCCUAAACUUGACUCGAGAUUUGAACUCUUCGGAAGAUAGUCCCAAUGAACAGGUGGAGAAUAGACAGGAUAAACUAAACGUGGUUGGGUAUCGUGAUCCAGAUGGGUUAUCAGAAAAACAGCGUCUUCUUGAACAAAUUGAACAGCCGUUCAUUAAACGCAUUCGAUCCAGUGCAGAUCACACUGCUCAUCACAAAGAAACAGUAUCCACCACAUCCAUGGAACAUGCUGCUGAACAACUCCAAAAGAAACUUGAGCAGUGUCAACACCAAAAAAGCAAUCAAGAAAACCAACCCGUAUAUACUCACUCUAUUCAAAAGCCAACUGCGUCUGUUUUGCCUCAUAUCCAAUUUUCAGCAAUUCAAGCUCAUCAAAAACCGGAAAUGUCAUCUAUUGUUCAAACGUUAGGCGGCACUGUCACCACGUUGGAUACCUGGGAUACAAAAUGUACCCAUCUUAUUGCAUUUUCAGUAGCCCGAUCAGAAAAAUUUCUAUGCGCCUGUGCUUCUGGAAAAUGGAUUCUCAAGCCAUCGUUUUUAAUGGCCAGUCAAAAACUAGGAAAGUUUGUUUCUGAAGAGGAUCACGAAUGGUGUGAAAAAGAUCCGCUAGAUGGUGCUGCUGCUGCACGGUACUGGCGAAAGGAAAUACAGUUGAAUGGUCGAAAAGGAAGCUUUUAUGGCUUCAAGGUACUACUGUUGGUAGAAGAAAGAAAACGCAAUGGAUUAACAACAGUAUUACGCUGCGGGGGUGCCCAAGUUUUAGCUGCAAAGCCAUCCUUGCGAGGCAUAAACGAGAAUGAAUUUUCUCAUGCCAUAGUAGAUUCCUCUGCAGAAAAUACUCUGGCUAAACUAGAUAAGCUACACAUUCCCUCUUAUUCUCCAGAAGGAUUCAUCAGCUAUCUCUUUAGUGCAUCAAAGGAUUUGGAAAUGUUCAGAUGUGUGUUGAAAUAAAUGUUUUUUAAUAAUGCA